GAUCUGAAAUAGAGCUGGUUUUACGGGAAGCGCAGAUCACAAAGGACACGCGUCGCGAGAAACCUUGAAAGGGUGAAACGAGCGGGCGGCCAGGAUUGUAGACAAUAAAAUCGGGUCAAGGGUUUCAUUUAAAGCGUAUUUCAAUUUCAUUUGGGCUUUGGUUUCAUUUCCCAAAUACUAAUUUGAAUUGAAACUCCAACAAAGGGCGGGCAGCUGACGACGACGAGGCCACUUUUCCGAGGUUCAUCUCACUCUCACUUUCUCUCUCUAUAUACAUACAUGUGCUCAAUCAUUUUAUUAAUUUGAAGACAACAACUUUCUUUAGCUGUUGAUAGAAGAUGGCAGACGCUGAGGAUAUCCAGCCACUUGUCUGUGAUAAUGGGACAGGAAUGGUUAAGGCUGGAUUUGCUGGAGAUGAUGCUCCAAGGGCUGUGUUUCCCAGCAUUGUGGGUCGCCCACGUCACACUGGAGUGAUGGUUGGCAUGGGCCAAAAAGAUGCAUAUGUUGGGGAUGAGGCUCAGUCCAAACGUGGUAUCCUAACUCUAAAGUACCCUAUCGAGCAUGGUAUUGUGAGCAACUGGGAUGACAUGGAGAAGAUCUGGCAUCACACCUUCUAUAAUGAACUCCGUGUGGCCCCAGAGGAGCACCCAGUUCUACUUACUGAGGCACCUCUCAAUCCAAAAGCUAAUCGUGAGAAAAUGACCCAAAUCAUGUUUGAGACCUUCAACACUCCUGCCAUGUAUGUUGCCAUUCAGGCUGUUCUAUCGCUUUAUGCCAGUGGUCGUACAACUGGAAUUGUUUUGGACUCAGGAGAUGGUGUCAGUCACACAGUCCCCAUCUAUGAGGGGUAUGCCCUCCCACACGCUAUCCUACGUCUCGACUUAGCUGGUCGUGACCUCACUGAUGCCCUUAUGAAAAUCCUAACCGAGCGUGGCUACUCCUUUACCACAACAGCCGAGCGUGAAAUUGUGAGGGACAUGAAGGAGAAACUAGCUUACAUUGCCCUCGACUACGAGCAGGAGUUGGAAACUGCCAAGACUAGUUCUGCCGUCGAGAAGAGCUAUGAAUUGCCUGAUGGGCAGGUGAUUACUAUUGGAGCUGAGCGUUUCCGAUGCCCGGAGGUCCUUUUCCAGCCAUCAAUGAUCGGAAUGGAGGCUGCAGGCAUUCACGAAACCACAUACAACUCCAUCAUGAAGUGUGACGUUGAUAUUAGGAAAGAUCUUUAUGGUAACAUUGUGCUCAGUGGCGGCUCCACCAUGUUCCCAGGUAUUGGUGACAGAAUGAGCAAGGAAAUCACUGCUUUGGCUCCAAGCAGCAUGAAAAUCAAGGUGGUGGCUCCACCUGAGAGGAAAUACAGUGUUUGGAUUGGCGGCUCUAUCUUGGCAUCCCUCAGCACCUUCCAGCAGAUGUGGAUUGCAAAGGCAGAGUACGAUGAAUCUGGGCCAUCCAUUGUGCACAGGAAAUGCUUCUAAUUCUUCGGGAAGAGGGAUGUGGAAUUCGACUAUAUACUUCAUGUUUGGCAAAGAAUGUCUGCUUGCCAGUUCCUCUACCUGUAAUUUUAACUUUCAAGUCAUUUUGUUGUUGGAAGGAGAUGAUGGAUGUAAGAGUGGUAAAGAGAUGGCGGGAAAAUUGAACUCUUCUAUAAUUAUAACAUUUUCAUGAGCAGUUGUUGAACUUUUCACCUUUUCAUUGAAAAUUCAAAGCUCUUAGCAUUUUAUGAUUAAAUCAAA